CCCCCCCAAAACGUGCCAGCACCGGGACGAGCCUGGACCACCGGGACGAGAUGCAGGAGAGCUACGAGAGCGUCAUCUCCCUGGCCGAGGAAAUUGCCAUCAGCUGGCCACGGAUCACCGCCUUCGCCGAAUCGCACCGGAGGAGGGGGUUGGUGUCCGAUGACGGGUUGUUGAGCGAGAACGAAGAGGAAGACCCACCACCGGGAGAGCUGGAGAAGGUGGACACCGAGGCGACGCCGGCGGGGAAGCCCAAGGGCACCAGCCCCACCGGUGCGGAGGGGACAAAGCCCGGCGACGGUCCCCAAAAACCAGAGAACCAGCCCAGAAAACCAUCGGGCAAGCGACAGGGUAAAUCGGGUCACCGAAGCUUCAAGAAAUUCCCCCCGCGGAGCUUGCUCGGCCACGGCCGCUGCCACGACUGCGGCAAAGCUUUGGGUUUCGGGUCGGCCUUCAACAAACGCCGGCGAGGAACCGAACGACCCCACAAAUGCCCCGAAUGCGGGAAAUGUUUUCGGCUGAGCUCGACCCUCAUCACCCAUCAACGCCGGCACGUCGGCGAGAAACCCUACAAGUGCCCCGACUGCGGCAAGACCUUCAGCGUCGGCUCGGCGUUCAUCCAACAUCAACGGGUACACGCCGGAACCGGCGCCGGCGCGGCGCCUUGCCAAUGCGGCGUCUGCGGGAAGAGUUUCCCGGCCAGCGCCAGUUUGGUGAAACACCAAAAAUUACACCUGGAGGAAAAACCCUACAAAUGCGGGGAUUGCGGGAAGGGUUUCAACUGGAAUUCACAUCUGGAGCGGCACCGCCGCAUCCACACCGGCGAAAAGCCCUACGCCUGCCCCGAAUGUGGCAAGAGCUUCAGUUGGAGCUCCCACCUCGACCGGCAUCGCCGUACCCACGCCGUCGCCGGUGAACCCGCUUGCCGUUGCUCCGAUUGCGGUCGCUGUCCGGCUCCUCGUGGCUCCGAAGGUUCCAAAACCCCCGAGAAGCCCUUGCAGUGCGGUGAAUGCGGGAAGGGCUUCGCCAAGAGCGCCGCGUUGGCCAAGCACCGGCGCGCUCACGCCGGCGAGAAGCCCUACAAGUGCGGGGAAUGCGGGAAGGGUUUUGGCUUGAACGCUGCGUUGCUGCAGCAUCAACGGAGCCACGCCGCCGGCAAACCCUACCAGUGCGGUGAUUGCGGUAAGAGCUUUGCCUGGAGCUCCCAUCUUGACCGGCAUCGGCGUAUCCACAUGGGUGAGAAACCCUACCGUUGCGGGGAUUGCGGGAAGAGCUUCUCCCAGAGCUCCCACUUGGAGAGGCACCAGCGCGUCCACGCCGGCACCGAGCAGCCUUGCCAAUGCACCGAUUGCGGUAAGAGCUUCUUUGCCUCCAACAAGCGCCAACGGCUGUUGACCGGCACCGGUGAACGAUCCUGUAAGUGCGCGGAUUGCGGGAAGAGCUUUCUUUGGGGUACCCGUGCCCGACCGGCACCGGAGAGGACCCAUAAGUGCAGCGAGUGUGGGAAGAGCUUCACGUACCGGGCAGAGAACGUCAAGCACCAGGGGACGCAGACGGGGGAGAAACCCUAUACCUGCCCCGAAUGCGGGAAGAGCUUCGGGCAAAAUUCGGCGUUGGUGAAGCACCGUCGGAUGCAUACGGGAGAAAAGCCCUACAAGUGCGGGGACUGCGGGAAGAGCUUCAGCGUCCGCUCCAACCUCAUCAAACACCAACGGACCCACCUUGGCGAGAAGCCCUACAAGUGUCCCGAUUGCGGGAAGGGUUUCAUCCAGAAGUCGGACCUCACCAAGCACCGCCGGAUGCACACCGGGGAGAAACCCUACAAGUGCAAUGUCUGCGGCAAAUGCUUCAGCGUCUCCUCCAACCUCAUCAAGCACCAACGCAUCCACCUCGGCGAGAAACCCUACCAGUGCUCCGAGUGCGGCAAGAGCUUCAUCCAACGCUCCGAGCUCACCAUCCACCAACGCGUCCACACCGGCGAGAAGCCCUACAAGUGUCCCGAGUGCGGCAAGUGCUUCAGCCGUAGCUCCCACCUCAACCGCCACCAACGCACCCACGCCGGGGACAAGAGAUUUUUAUGCACCGAAUGCGGGAAGAGCUUCGACCACAGCGCCUACCUCCUCCGCCACCAACGCAUCCACUCCGGAGAACGCCCUUAUCCCUGUCCAAAAUGUGGGAAAACUUUUACCUGGAAUUCCCACCUGAAUUCCCAUCAAAAAACCCAUACGGGUGAAAAACCCCAUCGUUGUCCCGAAUGCCAGAAAUGUUUCAGCCGUCGAUCCAACCUCCUCCGUCAUCAACGCCUGCACGGGAUGGAAAUUCCUUAUGGGAAAAACCUGAAGGUUGAUCGUAUCCUGCAUUCCCGGAGCCGUCCGGAUGAUAUUCCCUAUAUUUGUUCCGAAUGUGGGAAACGUUUCAGCGCUCGCUCCAAUCUUUUCCGUCAUCAACGUAUCCAUACGGGAGAAAAACCUUAUAAAUGUCCCGAAUGCGGGAAAAGUUUCGGGCAGAGCUCGGAUCUCAUCCAACACCGUCGCACCCACACCGGAGAAAAACCCUUUUCCUGCUCGUUUUGCAGGAAAUCCUUUAACGAACGAUCCCAUCUCAUCCGACAUCAGGGUCGACAUACGGGAGAAAAACCCUACAAAUGUCCGGAAUGCAGGAAAAGCUUCGUCCAAAGCUCGGAUCUCCUUAUCCAUAGGCGAUCCCACGCCGGCGAGACUCCCUAUACGUGCUCCGAGUGCGGAAAACGCUUUAGGGUCAGUUCCAGCCUGGUACGACAUCAAGGAUUACACACGGGAGAAAAACCUUAUAAAUGCGGAGAAUGCGGAAAAGGCUUCAGCGCUCGUUCCGUUCUCGUCAUCCAUCAACGGCUCCAUACCGGAGAACGACCCUACGAGUGUCCGGCUUGCGGGAAGCGUUUUAUCCAAAGUUCCAACCUCAGUCGACAUCGACGGAUCCAUACGGGAGAGAAACCGUAUCCCUGUUCCGUCUGCGGGAAGAGGUUCAGCGUCCGAUCCGCUUUGGUCAAGCACCAGCGGCUCCACGAGUCGACCAGGGAGGAGAAGGAAUUCGGGUCGUGGGGAAAAACAAGCGGAGGAGGAGGAGGAGGAGGAAUUGCACCGUAGAUGCUCUUCAGCAUCACCCCCACCCCGAAAAAAAAAAAAAAGGGGGAUUCCUGAUUAAAAAAAAAGGAGGGGUGAUACCCCCCCCCCCCAAAAAAAAAGGGGGGGUGAUGCCAAAAAUGUACGCGGACGGAGGGAGAAAAUAGAUUUGUAACUUCGGGGUGCGGGCGGCUCGGUGGUGUCACCCUGGGUGCUCCCCCCCAUGCUGGGUGGGUGGGGGGGCAGCAAUGGGACCCCCAAAUCCCCCCGGGGUGAUGGGGAACCUUCCCCCACUGUGUUUUGGGGUGGGGGGUGCAGAGAUGAGACCCCCAAAUCCCUUUGGGUACCGGCAAUGGGACCCCCAAAUCCCUUUGGGUGCCACCAGCUUCUUCCCAGCCACAACCCCCACCCCCAAAUCUGGGGGGGGUCCCAGUCCCCUGGGCCCCCCUCCUCCCCAAGCAAAAUCUUCCCCUAUUUCCCCCAAAUUUUCUAUUUUUCCCUCCAAUCCUUCAAGCUGGUUCUGAAACGUCGGGUAAAAGCCGAAGGGAAGAGCAAGAGCAGCACUUUCUGGCCCCCAAAAUAGCCUGAUGUUACCCCAAAAUGCAACCCCAGCCCGAAAGAAAUCCGUAUUCUUUAUAAAAAAAAAAAAAAUCAAAUAAACGGUUAAAUUGAACCCAUUAAAUUAAUCCUUUGGGGGAUCAGAACGCAAUUUAGCUACUUGAAAAACCCGGUGUAAUUUUUUCAGUCGUUAAUAAGGAAAAUUUAGGGUGUUGAUAUUAAUGUAAUUAUGAAUAACAGUGAUUUUUUAAUUUAUAUUAAUAAUAUUUGGGGCUAUUGACUUAGGUUUUUUAAAACUCCAGGGAUUU